AUGAAGGGCUUCGCCAAGGCCAUGAAGCGCACGCCGCACCUCAUGUCGUCGCGCGUCGGCCUCGCGGCAAAGUCGAGCGACCCGCAGUUUGACUCGCUCCAGCAGAGAUUCGCCAGCCUGGAAAAGUACGCAGAGAAGCUCCUCAAGGACAGCGCCACUUUUCGCGAUGCCGUCAAGAACAUGCUCCUGUCCGGCUCCGACUUCGGGCGACACUUUGACCUCCUCUUCCACCCCAUGGGCGCCGAGUACGACCUCGAGCGCCGACACCCGCAGGCCGCCCACACCAUCACCAACAUCUCGGCCUACCUCACCCACAUGGAGGAGCUCAAGGACACCCUCACGCCCGAGAUUGAGCUCAUCGAGUCGCGCGUCGUCGGACCCGCAAACGACUUCCUCGCCGUCCUCAAGGCCAUCCGCAAAAACAUCACCAAGCGCGACCACAAGCUCGUCGACUUUGACCGCCACAACAACGCCUACUCGAAGCUGCGCGACAAAAAGGAAAAGACGCUCAAGGACGAGCAGGCCCUCUUCAAGGUCGAGCAGGACUACGAGACCGCAGCCGCAGACUACGAGUACUACAACAACGCACUCAAGGAGGAGCUGCCCAAGUUCUUCGAGAUGGCCCAGCGCUUCAUGACGCCCCUCUUUUACAGCUUCUACUACAUGCAGCUCAACGUCUUCUACCUCACCCUCGAGCGCCUCCAGUCGUUCACCGAGGGCAAGUACGACAUCUCCGAGACGUCGCUCAACACCGUCGAGGACCACUACCUCUCGCAGCUCACCGACGCCGCAGAGAGGCUCGACGCCCUCUCGAUCCGCAAGCCCGUCGGGCCAUCGGCGCGCAUCCUGGCCGCCAAUCGCUCUUCUUCCUCGACCGCCUCCCUCGCCGGCGGGCGCGCCGCGGGCGGUGGGCUGGCAGCAGGCGCCCCCUCGAGGUCUGGCACCCUCAACCGCCAGAUGUCGACGUCGAGCAGCACCGUCUCGUCGCCCGCCUCGGCAUCGAGGGCCUCGAUGGGCGCAGCCGCAGCCGCAGCCCCGCCACCCAGCUACUCGCCCGCAUCGCCAGGAUCGACGACGGCGGCGGCCAGCAGCGCAGCCGCAGGAAAGAGACCUCCCCCGCCGCCACCGCUCAAGCCCAAGCCCGGCAUGGCGCCAAAGGACUACGUCGUCGCCCUCUACGACUACACCGCGACGGCCGAGGGCGACCUGUCGUUCAAGGCCGGCGACCGCAUCGCCGUCACCGAACGGACCGCGUCCACCGAGGACUGGUGGACGGGCGAGCUCAACGGACAAAAGGGCGUGUUUCCCGGCAACUAUGUCCGCGACGAGUGA